AUUCGUUUCGAUUCCUUUGGAUUGCAUUUAGGAUAUCCUGCCAACAUGGCAGCGUCCGUGCUUAAUGAUUCGUCUGCUGUCAAUGAUGCAGUAAUUAAUUUCAUAAACUCAAAUUUUGAUGACAAUCCACGGUCACUUUAUAAGGCUAAGGACCUAUACAAUAGUCUGAAAGAGAAACAAGAACAAUUAAUAAAGAAGGUUUCUCUGGUCAGUACUGAAGUGCCAUCUGAGAUUGAAAAAGCCAUCAAAGUUGCAGAAAAAACAGAGAAAGAUGUAAAAAGACUUGGAGAAAAACAAGAAAAAUUACGCCAUGAAAUUUUAGAUAAAUUAAGGGAUGUUGAACCUAUGGUAGAUGACUUGAAGAAAUUAACAUCAAAAGUCGAAGAAUUGGACAGAUAUUCAAAGUAUCUGUCUGUUUUAGCAAAAGUUGAAGAUAUUAGUCACCAACUACAGGCAGCAUUAAUUACUCAAACGUCGCAGCCAGCCUUGAAUAAUUUUACAGAAUUAAUUAUACUAUAUAAAGAUCUACAAUCUUCAAAGUGUGUAAGAUUGGUUCGAUUUGUGGAAGAUACUGUGAUUUUUUGGAACAACAUAAUCAAAAGUAGAAUUGCACGUGAAUUUGAAGAAGUUUUGAAAUCAUUAAGAUGGCCUGUCGUUACCUCAACUAUAAAAUCAGUAACUCCACCAAAUAUAGCAGAAAUCAAGAAGAAAAUGGAUAGUAUUUUGAGACAGUUAUCACAUUUACAAUUGCCAUAUCCUUUUAUCAAUUUAUGACAUGGGUUAUAUGUUUUUACUUCCAGAAUAAUUUAUGAUUUCAAACUUUACUCUGAUAAUUCGAUACAGAGAAAAGAGUUUUAACAGCCACUCAACACAUACUAAGUCAUUUAGGGACUAAUGCUUUGUACAGUU